AUGUCAUGGACAAUGGACUCAAAUGCUGGUUUGAUAAGAUCGAGGAGGGGUCUGUUGGAGAUGUUAGCUCCGCGAGCUCGGGGAGGAGCGGCCAACAAUUGGCGAUCAGCCCUACUUUCUAUCCAAGCUGAGCAUAGAAUUUCGGAGGUCUGGUCCAGGCAGCUCUGGAUGGAACAUUACGAACAUGCGACUUCCGACUUCUUUGGAAACGGCGACGAUGGAUCAUCCCACAGUCGGCUGCAUGAUCGGGUCCACGAGCUCAACAGCCCAGGGAAGGGGAGCACUGUCAAACGGUUUGAGAAAUGGAAUUAUAUGAGUACUGAAGAACUGGCGGCUGCGAAGCAAGAAGUGAUAAGUGGGGAAGAGGACUUUCUUCGAAUCGUAGAAGUCUAUUUUACUCCAUAUUAUCAAUUCUUGAUCCCUUGCGUCAACCGAUUACGGCGCCUUGUCUUUUCAGAUGAUAUCUGGAUUGAUUUUCUGGAGGAAGACCAUACGACGCGUACUGUUUCCUUACAGGAAGGACUUAUUGUUGGAAUGCCGCAAGACUCAAAAAGGUUAUAUGAUCCUAUUAUUAAGGCGUAUGAUGAUACGAUAGCUCUGAUUGAAACCGAGCAGGAUUAA